CACCAUAACUUCUACUUCUACUUCAACUGAAUCUGUAUCCGUAUCCGUAUUUGUAUAUGCAACUGCAACAGCAACUUGCCACCUGCAUCGCAUCUCAUCGCAUCGCAUCGCAUCCCAAUGUGCAACUGCCAGUGACUGUGACUGGGCCUGGCACUGCCACUGACCAACAAUCCAACCAACAAACCAACUGAUAGACUCGCUGAGUGACAGGCGACCAUCCGUAUCCAUUACAUGCCCAUCCAGUGUCGCUUGCACUCCGUGUUUGCUGUCAGUUCGCCGGACACGGAUGUGGAGGCCCAUUACUAUCAUCAUCAGCAGUCAGAGUAGCAUUCAGCAGCAGCAUUCAGCAGCAGCAGUCUGAGCAGCGGAAACAGCAGAAAAUCAGGCAACAACCGAAAGCCCAAAAAAGGACAAAAAUUGGGAAUCUAAUUAGCAAUGUCAAUGUCAGAACUGUGCUAAUCCAUUAAUUUCGAACCGUCAAACAGAAGCCUUGUGAGAAUAUAUAGAAAAAAGAGGCGUUGCUCCUCGCCUCUCCGCUUCACGGCAAAAUCCAAUCCCAACAUCAACAGCGGCAGCAAAAAAACACGUCAAAAAUUGGAGAGCGAAACCAAAGAAAAAAGUGUUUUUGGCCAAAAAGGAAAGCGAAAGCAGCAAACACACUUUUGUUUCUGUAUGCCCGUGACUGUCGGUGGCUUUGUAUCUGUAUCUGUAUAUGUGCCUGUGACUCUGUGCCUGUGUGACUCCGUGCCUGUGUGACUCUGUGCCUGUGUGUGUCUGUGUGCCUGUGUGCCUGUGUGUUGGUAAAUUCUGAUAACGCGCGCCUGGUGCUGACAUCACUUUCGCUACUGCUAUUCCAUUGAACCAAUAACCGCCCCCAUACCCAUUAUCAUACCACGACCCAACCCAACCCAACCCACCGACCCGAGAAGCUGCCAAUCGAAAGACCACAAAAUCAAUUAAACUACAACAAAGCUGCCAAGAGCCAAUUAUACGAAACGGAACGGGUAAACGGAAACGAAAAAGGAAGAGAAACGGAAACGGAAACGAAAGGAAAGGGAAAGAAAAAGGAAGCGAUCUAAGUAAGAUGUUCUCCAUGUGCACAAAGGUAAAGUCGGAGAGCGUGGAGCCGGACUGCUCGUUCAUGCAGCAUCCCCAGCAGAUGCAGCUGCAACAGCCUCAGGCCAUGGGAACUGGCGGGAAACAGAUCAAGGGCGGCUACCUACUGCGCUACAAAAAGCAAAUGUUCUGGAACCGCUGGUCCGAGGAGUGGGUCGUGCUCUACGAUGACUCAACGAUGGCCUGGUUCACGGAGCCGGGACGCACCUCGCCCUCGGGCAAGAUCCUAGUGAAAGAAGCGCCCGAAAUGCUGGCCAUUGCGCACUGGACUGGCCAGAUACCGCGCCGACCGCCGCUACCAGAUGGCGUCAAUGUCUCCCAGUUGAUUGCCCUGGGAUCGCAGCGGAAACGGUCCAAGGUCUACUGGAUGCUGGCCAAAUCCGAGCAGGAGGUGAGCGACUGGAUAGAUGCGAUUACAAAGACCCUGCCGCCGCCGCCCCAAAUCGAGCUGGUGGUGGACAAGCCGCAUCUGAUGAACGUGCUGCGACGUCCGUUGGUGCGCAUUAGACCUGCCACCCAGUCGGAGGUGAAGCAUCGCAAGGCCGCGGCCCAUAGCAGCAGCAGCAGCAAGCAUCAUCGGUGCACCUCGUCGACGAUGACCACCCGGCUGUACAAACAGAUCCAGAAUCCACUGGUCAAGAGUGAUGCGGCCGUCGCCAUUCUCAGCAAGAAGCCGGACUCGAAGGCCUCGCUGGCCUGCGCCCUGCCCUGGGGCCAUGGCUGGGGCUGGGCCACAUUGCCGAAUGGCGUUUGGAGCGGCGGGCUGACCUGGUCGCAGUGCGAGGACACCUUCACGCUGCACGCACUGCCCACCACCCACUGCACCAAUCUGAUCGACACCUCAUGCAGCGGCGCCGUCUACCACACCGACAUUGGGGGCUUUGACUUCCACUCCGGCGGAGUGGAUGACAUUGGCGGCGAGGACUUUGACUAUGCCAUGGACUGUGGUGAUUUCAUAUUUUAAACUCCCUCCAUGCGACCCAAAGCACACACUACCCCCUACCCCCUACACCCCCUCAUACAAACAUACAUGCCACACAUCUGUGUGGACUUGCCACUGGAACACUCGCAACUGGUAAUCGCUUCGAUAGUUGGUACGUGUGCUUAGAUGUGUCUUUGUGUCAUAGAUGUUGCUACAUACAUCUGUAAUAGGAAUAGACAGGCAUGGCAUGGACAGGAUGCCGAAUAGGUAGGAGGGUAUUGGGUAUCCAAUACCGCGGUAUCCAACAUUACAUUACGUAUACGCCUCAUUAUCCGUUACUGUAACUGUAACUGUAACUGUGUGCCCCUGUAGCUUUGGUGUAUCUGUUUCCUGUGUUCUGUGUGCUAAUCGCGUUAAGCAGUUAGACUGAAACCGAGCGUAAUGCGAACGUAAUGCAUGCAUUUCCCAAACAUAACAAAUUGUGCGGAAUUUUCCCCAUUUCACUCGUGCUGCUGGGCAUUGGCAAACUAUUAUAAAGAUACGUAUGUAGAUGUAGAUGUGUGUGUGGGUGCAGUGCAUGUCAGACUACUGGAUAAACAACACAUAAGCACACACACAUAUACAUAUGCAUAUGCAUACAUAUACAUAUAAGCAGCAACCGCACUUUCGCCCUAACCACCCACCCACCCAAGCCACACUCGGCAAUCGCAUUCGCAUUCGCAAUCGCAACCGUAACCGCAAAAGCAUUUGAAAUGCGAAAAUAUUUUUGCAUCGCGCAUAUACUCGUAUUCGUACUCGUAUUCGUACUCGUAUUGUAUGUAAGUAGGCUACAAAAUAUUUUUGCACUCGAGGGGCAAACAAAUUACAAUAAAUAAUAAAUAAUGCAUGUCGAGAGGAGACAACAGAGAAGGGGGCAGCAUAACCAGGAUGCAAAUGCAAAUGAAAAUGGAAAAUGGAAAACGAAACUCACACAUGGAAAUACUUUUGGGUAUUUGGAAAACUUUUGAAAUUUAUAUAUUGAUGCAAUUUGUAUGGAAACACUUUUUCAAAUUGUUUUGCCAUGAUUUUCUAGAAUUUUUGUAAUCAAUAGUAUUUUUAACCGCAAACACAGAUUUACUACACACAACCCACUACCCGGAACCCAAUCCAAUCCAAGCCAAUCCUCCUCCCGCCGCCGCCGCCGCCUCCAUCAUCAGCCAAACCAGCCACCCACCCACCAAAAAUUCCCCAGGGCAAAAACCAUUUUUGUGUGCAAAUUUUUGACAAAUUUAUACAGAUACUCGUACUCGCACGCCGCAAGUACAUAAUAAUUCGAUAGAAAAAAACUUAAUGGAAAACCAAACAGAGUAACAUAGGUAGACGGAAAUUUUUAUAUAUACAACAUAUGGGAUAUAUAUGUAUGUUAAAUGAUGAGAUUCCGUACAGUAAACAGGAAAACCAGGUAACUAACAAGUAAAUAAAUAAAGGUAUAGGGCUACAGAAACCCACACUAGAUGUAAGCACUCACACAGUCUCACCCAGUCGGAACCCAACCCUGCCGCACUGGAACCCAUUCCUUGUUGGACAGAGGCAUACGAAUCGAAUACGAAUGUCAGUUAAGUUUACAAAACUAACUCGAACACACACACACACAGACACACACACACAAAAGAUCGACAUACCCACCCGUACUGAUGUAAAGUUUAUAAAACAAAAUGAAACAACAAAAGACAAGUUAGCAACCCAGGUAAAUCACAAUGUAUUAGGAUACCAAAGAUAAAGAUGCAGACAUGCGAGAGUAUGUGCUAUAUACUUACACUCAUAGAACGUAGUCUAAGUAGUUAAGGACAAAUCACAGAUACACAGAUCUAUCAUUGUCACAUACACAUACUACAUACAGCUGUAUGUGUGCCCAUAUUCGUAUGGGUACUCGUAUAAG